CUCAUAGUGCUUGCUCAAUGACUCUUCUACUUCGUGCGGUCGCACAUGACGUACACCGGACUCGCGCGUUCUUCAUCCGGAAGUCGAGUAGGAGCGUUCAAGAGAGCGGCAGUCCAGGGAGCCGCCCGCAUUAAGAGUGCAGUUGAAGGAGACGAAUCUAGCGCGUCGCAUCCGACGUCCAAUUCAAAGUUUGACUCCGCAUAAAUAAAAGAAGCAAGAUCGGAAAGACUUUACUCACACAUCCACACCCCCAAAGUGCGCAUUCCACACCGUGAUGUUCUCCAGUUGCAUCGCCAGAUCCAACAUCGUAUUUCCGAAUCGGCGGAAAACGCAUUCUCCACAGCAAGCUCCACUCAAAAACCAACGUCCUCUAAUGCACGACAUACCUUUCUCCAUUGAACGCUCACAAACCCACGGCAUUGGGUAUAAUUGCGCCAUUCAUUCUCCACUACGCCGCAGCAUCUCUGCCUACUCAAUCCAUAGUCUCUCCCAGCACCCAGCACCUCGGUGCCUGAAAGCCUUACGCUUACCCCUCGGGGAACUCGGAAGCUGCUCUCGCUUCGCGCGGAACAUGUCAGAAAUUCCCCCCGGCGGAGGGCUGAGAUUUGACACGGGAGCUGGCAACGCUACACCAUGCGGUGGUCGUACGACACUCGUCCGUUGGUCGGUCUCUAAACUCCGGGCUAGACGGAGGUGGCGCUACAGCAUUGUUUUGGGAGCAUCGCCGAUGUUCUCUCUUCAGAAGAGCAGGAAAUUGAGGCCAAGCAAAAGGGAAAGUUUCUGGAGUCGCUUGCGUGCUCCCAAUGGCAGAAGAGGAUCGUUGCACUGCUGCCCGACUGACACGAGAGAGGGAGAAGACAGGAAUACCAUGAGACGGGAGGGGACCGGAAGAGGAAGUACGUGAAACUUACGGCGGUGGGUGCGAAAAGCAGCAAGAGCUCGCUCUCGCGCUCUCUCUCGCUUCUCGCGACGUGUCGCGGAUAUCUCGCUAUAAACUCGCUUCGGCGCUAUACCCUCGUCUCGUUCACAUGCCGGG